AUGGCCAACUCUGACAGUUCAGCUGAGAAGCCUGCCCCAUCUCAAACUCCUAACCCUACUCCAGGUACUAAGCAAGGACCACCGAACCCUGGCAUCACCAUUUCCCUCCUUGAGAUCGGAUCUCUGCCCCCUCUCUGCUGGGGCUCUCUCCCGACAACAAAGAACAGCUUUCGGCGUCGAGUAGGAAGACCAGGGACAGUACAGAAAUUUAGCAAUCUCUUAAAGGACGUUAGAGAAGUUCUUAAAAGCAUAGCAAAUGUCGAAGAGAAGACUGUGGGAGGCAGGGAGUCUUUUGAUGAUGCCAGGACUUCUGAGGAUGUGCCAGAACUUAAAAUCAGAGGUGUUCGGAAGAGAAAUAAAAUGCGAUUUAAAGACGAGUUCUAUCAUUUGGACCCAGAGGGAGAACAGAACGCGAAGGAAGAGGUGAUACUGAAAAACCAGAGCGCUAAGAACUUGGUGCAAGCAUUGGCAAGGGAUCUAUGUGACUUAGAAGAAAAAAACUUUGAUGGCAUGCCGCUGCGCGUAGGGAGAGGCCGGUGUGGACCCCGUCACUUCCGCGGGGAGCACCGAAAACUCAGGAACAACAUGGAGCAGUUAUUGCAGGAAGCGGAUCACUGGAGUAGACAGCACAGCGAGCUCAGCGACCUCAUGAGAUCUUAUCAGGAGUGCCACGAAGAAAGACAAGAAGCCUUGGAAGACAACCGGCCCUAUGUCCAAACCCAACCCAACAACGAACUGUCAGCCAAGCAGGAGCUGGAGGCGCAAGUGAAGAAACUGAGCCAUGACACGCACUCGCUGCAUUUGGUCGCAGCCCUCCUCCAGAAUGAAUGUCAGAUCCUACAGCAGAGGGUAGACAUUCUCAACGAGUUCCAGCUCCACGAAACGGAGCCCCUGUACGAGAGGCCAUUGCAGAUACUCUGUGAGCUGGACAGGAAAGGUCUGAAGUCAGCAGAAGCAGACGGGACGGAAGCGAGCAAGCAGACGGUGAGGGCCGUGGAGGGUAUGAGUCCUAGGAAAGAAAAGAUCUUCAGGAACUCGGAUGCUUGCCUUAGUAAAAAGGCUCGGAAUAACCGCUUCAACACCCGCAUCGCCAGAAAAACUGUUAUAGGAAAAAGAAGAACUGCCAGCAUCCGGUAG